UGCGGUGCAGCUCCGGGGCUUUGCAGGUGCAGCUCCGGGGCCUGGCGGUGCAGCUCCGGGGCUUUGCAGGUGCAGCUCCGGAGCCUUGCAGGUGCAGCUCCGGGGCUUUGCAGGUGCAGCUCCGGGGCUUGGCGGUGCAGCCCCGGGGCUUUGCAAGGGCAGCUCCGGGGCCUUGCAGUGCCGCUCCGAGGCUUUGCAGUGCAGCUCCGAGGCUUUGCAGGUACAGCUCCGGGGCUUAGCAGGUGCGGCCGCGGAGCUUAGCAAGUGCAGCCCCGGGGCUUUGCAGCUGCAGCUCCGGGGCUUUGCAGCUGCAGCUCCGGAGCCUUGCGGGUGCAGCUUCGAGGUCUGGCAGGUUGCAGCCCCGUCGGGAGGGAGCUGAGCGGAGGGCCGCUAGCCCGGACCCCCCUGAAGCGCUCCGGGAUCCUGAGGAUGGCCCUGACGGGUGACUCGGACCCCCCCGGGGAGGAGGAGGAUGACCCCGGCAAGGAGAAGCCCUUCCUCCUGCGGGCCUUGCAGAUCGCCCUGGUGGUGUCCCUGUACUGGUUCGUCUCCAUCACCAUGGUCUUCCUGAACAAGUACCUGCUGGACAGCCCCUCCCUCCGCCUGGACGCCCCCCUCUUCGUCACUUUCUACCAGUGCCUGGUGACGGUCCUGCUGUGCAAGGGGCUCAGUGUGCUGGCCCUUUGCUUCCCGGGCACCCUGGACUUCCCGUCCGUGCGCAUGGACCCGAAGGUGUCCCGCGGCAUCCUGCCCCUCUCCCUGGUCUUCAUCGGCAUGAUCAGCUUCAACAACCUCUGCCUCAAGUACGUGGGGGUCGCCUUCUACAACGUGGGCCGCUCCCUCACCACCGUCUUCAACGUCCUGCUCUCCUACCUGCUGCUGAAGCAGACCACCUCUCUCUACGCGCUGCUCACCUGCGGGGUCAUCAUCGGGGGCUUCUGGCUGGGCGUGGACCAGGAAGGGGCAGAAGGUACCUUGUCGUGGACGGGCACCCUGUUUGGAGUGCUGGCCAGCCUCUGUGUCUCGCUCAAUGCCAUCUUCACCAAAAAGGUGCUCCCGGCCGUGGAUGGUAGCAUCUGGCGCCUGACCUUCUACAACAACGUCAACGCCUGCAUCCUCUUCCUGCCCCUCCUCCUGCUGCUGGGGGAGCUUCACACUCUCGCCGCCUUCGACAAGCUGGCCAGCGCCCACUUCUGGGGCAUGAUGACCCUGGGGGGGCUCUUCGGCUUUGCCAUCGGCUACGUGACCGGCCUGCAGAUCAAGUUCACCAGCCCCCUGACCCACAACGUGUCCGGGACGGCCAAGGCCUGCGCUCAGACGGUGCUGGCGGUCCUGUCCUACGAGGAGACCAAGAGCUUCCUCUGGUGGACGAGUAACAUGAUGGUGUUGGGGGGCUCUUCGGCCUACACCUGGGUCAAGGGGCUGGAGAUGAAGAAGGCACAGGAGGAGCCCGGCCCCAAAGCUGGGGAGAAGGGCGAGACUGGGGUCUGAGCCCACUCCCUAGCCCCACAAAGGGUCGAGUCUGGGCCGGUCCCAGGUCGGGGUAGAGGAAGAGGGAAAUACUCAGGGGUAUGAAGGAAGGUGGGGGAAGGUAUUGUCUGUGGAUGCGGAGACCUUGGCUCGUAGGGGGUUUGACUGAAGUCUGGGCUCUGGACCAGAAGGCUGCUAGGGUGGAGUUGAGGGAGUUGAUGUGGAGGAGGGGGCUGUCCUUUGUUUUGUUUUUUUUUUUUUAAAAGCACCGUUGGAAAUCUACCAGCUUCCUUUCGAGCCCUUCUCCCCACUGCCAUCACCCUGGGAGAAGGGACCGGUGGGGAACAUUCCACUUGGGAAGCAAAUUGGGUCAAACAUAAGGGCUGGUUCACAUGGUGCAACCUGGAGUAAAAGGGCGUUCUCCAGGUACCGGUCUGCUUUGUCCGCAAGUCAGUCGGUCAGUCGACCGUGUUUAUUGAGCACUUACUGUGUGCGGAACGCCGUCCUUAGCUCUUGAGAGAGCUUCCUUGCUGCUCUCUGGCACGGUGUGCGUGUGUGUGAAUCAGUUUCCCCCACCCCCAGUACACAGGAGUGGCCAUGAUGAGAAUGCAGCAGGGUGCUGGGGGAGUUCAAAUGGGGAGGGGAGGCCAGUGGUGAGCCAGAUGUCGCCAAGCAUGGGCUCCCUGAAGUGAGCGUGGAGUAUUUGCUGGGGGAAUUUGGUGCUGGCAGGGUUAAGUGGCCAAAGGCACAGACACGCACCCAUCGCCCCAGGGCUUCCUUGGCCAGCAGCAAGCUUCUUGUAAGAAGGAAAGCACAAACUUUGUCAGGGGCAGGAAAUGAGGACAGUGUCCACAAAAUGGAAGAGGAGGCGGGGGUGCAUCGGAGAGAGCUGGUGAUUCGUGCGGUCAGGACAUGCCGUAGUUUGGUCGUGAUAUGGGACCCUGAGGAGCAGAGGCAGGAAGGGGCAGUAAUCAGGCCUCCCCACCCACCCCACUCCCCCAAAUCAAACCUGCAGCUCUGUAGGCCUCUGGACCCAGUUCCCGGAAAACCCCAGCCUUGUGGGUAAUGUCCAUGGGCAAAGAUGGCUCCCCUUCCAAGACCGCCCUGGCUGGGGCUGGCAGGCUCUGAGCCUCAGCAUUCAUGAGUUUUGGCCCAUCUGUCCUGGGUGGAAUCCUGGGGGCUGGGGUCCAGGCAAGUGAAGCGCUCAAUUUGUACAUUUCAAGCGCUUAGUACAGUGCUCUGCACAUAGUCGGCGCUCAAUAAAUACUACUGAAUGAAUGAAGCCCUAGGCCAGAGUUGCUGGCUCCAAUAGCAGAUCCCUGAAAAGCCAGCUGAGGUUUCUGCUUGCUACUGCUUUGGAUUAGACUAUGCUGUCAGCUUGAUGUGGCAGGGAAUGUGUCUGCUUAUUGUUAUGUUGUAUUCUCCCAAGUGCUUAGUACAGUGCUGUGCACACAGCGCUCAAUAAAUACGAUUGAAUCAAUGAAUUGGGCGGCUCAGGCCUUACAAGCCUACCACUAAAGCAUGAUCGAGCCUGGGGGGCUUUCCAGAGCAACCCGAAAUCCCCCAGCUGGAUGCUUCAUGUGGAUUUAGGGGACGUGUUCCUGGGUCCAGGCUCCUGAAUCCCAUCACCUGAAAUGCUGCUUUUGCCUAUUUGAGCCCCCAACUUCUGUUCCCCUGAGGAAGCGUUGAGGGGAGGCCCCUCCGAGCCCAGGAGCUGGGCUCAUCCUCCUUCGGUCAAUUCUUUGACCACCCCCCCCCCCACCCCCCCCCCCUCUUGAAACACUAGGGCAUUUUGUACUGUGUCUUUAAGGGAGGAACCCAGGCACUCAGACUCUUAACCCUCUCCAUACACCUUGUCAGUGGCACCGAGGUGGGGUCUCGCACCCAAUCCCCACCUUGCCACCCUCAAUUUGGGUGAUUUUUAUAUUGGAACUGGUGGUGUGUGUCAGUCCGACCCGGUUUACUUGUUGAGCUUGUUUAAUAGAAAAUCAGUGAAUGCCAAGGGGAGGAGAGAGGGAUGGAUGAGACGCUCUAUACCAUUUGAUUAAGAAUUACACAUAAUGGACUGUUUCCUUUUCCUUGUGAUUUAUUAAAAUGCGAUGAUAAUGAUA